CUCCGACGACUGCCUGUGUUCGCCGGUGCCGAGAUCUUCCCUGGCUCUCUUCGUGUGGAGGUGAUUGUUAUCAGACGCUCUACGCUUUCGCGUGUUCGCCUCCAGGGUGGUCUUGCAUGAGGCAAUCUUUUCUUUGCUUGAGAGAGGCAUGCAUCACAUUCAGAAUAACAAUUUUGAGACAAAAGUUGAGCGAAUUCUACUUUGUUUUCACUUCCAAGUUUCGUCACUUCAUUAGUGUGUAUUGCAAUAUGGCUUCACGUACGGAACUCUGGGAAGACAUGUAAUGUCAAAUGUCGAUUCUUUAUAUCACAUCCGCACUGCACCGGCGGCGAUCGCGCAUGUAAAAUAGACUGCAUAUCAACAUAUCUCGGAAGAAGGCCAACGCAUGAAGAGGACGUUGUAGCAUGCCGAUGGGUCUAAGAAAUUACACCAGCUCGAUAAAAAGGUCGUUGACCCUGCUAUCCAGCGAUCGAUCCCCAAAAAAGAGAAAGGCAGAUUUAGCUGAGAAACUAGUGUUUCCUGAAAUUCACCUUCGCCGAUAUGUUAUAUGGAAACGUCAUGUUAUCCUGAAAUGGUAGCCUUUAUCUAGGGUUCCCCCCAAGACCUAACUAUUGAUGACACUACCCUGAAACCCAGCCCAUGUCUUGGUCAACCGAUGACGUCAUAAGCAAGAUGUUUGGAAUGACAAAGAUAGCCACUGUUGAUUUCAACUCCAACAAGAACUGCUUCAUAGUCCUUCCAAAUUCAUGGGCCCAGGAGUUCAGAAGAAAAGAGGUUUCUGUCUUUGAGCUUCAGUGGGGUGACAGUGGGAAAGGAUACCUGAGCUGGUCUGGUGAGAUCAGCAGGUCCUCACUGGGUGCCAGUAACAAUAAUGCUUCCAUUCAGAUAAAUGGCCUUCUUGGAAACAAACUUGGUCUGAGGCAUGGGCAAGAGGUCCUGAUGAAGCAAGUAACAUCUGUAUGGUCUUGCUAUAAAGUAACCGUGGAGCCGGCUUCUGUAGAUGACUGGGAAAUACUGGAAUUGAAUUCAUCUUAUAUAGAGACUCGCCUCUUGGAUCAAGUGCGGAUCGUUUGGACAGGGCAAGUGAUCCCUGUCUGGAUAGAUAAGAUGUGUAUCUUUAUCAAAAUAGCGUCAACAGAACCUGAAGCCCCAUGUGUCCGUUUGGAACAGAACACGGAGAUGAUCAUUACCCCCAAGAACCGUCUUCCACAGUCAAACCCACCUACUCCAUCAAGACAAGAUAUCCAUCCAGGACAAGGGCUAUUACAGACCAAAAACCGCUCCGAUUCUGGUUCAGGAAGUUCCUCGUCCGAGAUCAGCGGGAACAGUUCAGUGUCGGGUUACAUCAGCGACUUUGACUCCAUGAGCACUCUCUCGAGCGGGUUUGAACACAACGUGUGGAGCUAUGACACAAGCCAUGUCUCGAAAUCGGAAGGAGAGACCAACAAUCCCAGCAUGCCCUGGGAGGUUGACCCAGUCGAUAUAGAGGGCGCUAUACCGUGGUCCUACAAGAUCUGGAGGAAGUUGAUCUCCUUCGUGUCCAGGGAAGCAGAUAUCAACCGGGUACGACGGGACUGUGCAAAUGAGGAAGAUGCCAGAAGAAAGAUGGCAGCAGAGUUCUGGAAGGAUGUUCGGAUUGUAGCAAGAGUUCAACCCAUGUUUAAUCGCAAGAAAAACCUGAAGACUUCAAGGAGACAACGGGAAGGGUCAACUAGUGCCAGCAGCGAGACGUCAGAAGAUAGCAAGAAAGAUUGCUCCUCCCUGGAGAGAUCGCACAGAAAGACAAGUAAUAGAUUCACCAGACAGAUGUCCUUGAACUCUCAUGUGGUCAAGCCUCGCGAGCCAUUUAGUGUGGGGUCAUCCAAUAACCCCACAUUACCAGGGGAAACAGACACUUUGUCGAACCUCAUGCAACCUACAACUGUUUACUUGAGCUCAGUAGGGGACUCUGAAUUCUUAUGGCAAUAUGCAGCCAACACAGAAGAGGGAGGAAGCACACCUCCUUCAGAAUAUGUCACUUUCCUUGCCACUAUGACCAAGCAGCCAUCUCCCAAAGAACGCAAUGAGGAACUGAAACAAAAGCUCCUACAGGAGUCGAAGAAAGAGCAGAACAAUCUUGCACCAUCUAACAACACAAGGAACCCUUCGGAAGUAAACGAGGAACCUGAGAUCAGCGCCGGUGAAUCCGAAGAGAAGAGAGAUGGCAAGUCAUCCUGCAUCGUCAGGAUCAUUGUCCAUUGCCAUGAGCUGAAGUCCCACUGCAAGAAGGACUCUGCCAACCCAUAUUCCUCCACAGUCUUCCAGGACAAACCGACCCAGUGGUACAUCCAGAUCCCUGAUAUCCUCAGGAGGCAGAUGGGACUGGAGCUAUCUGCUGGUGUCCAGCUCAAACCGGUCGUCAGUCCACCCUCACCCAUCCAAAGCAUGAUCCUUGCCCCUCUCUUUGAAUUGAAGGAGAGCAUGAAUGAGACGAUGAUUCUACGAGCUUUCAACCAAUGGCUGACAUGCGUGAGCUGUAUGAUCUCUCCUAUACCCAUCGUACAAACUGGGAAUCUUCUCAGCUUCCCCAUCACGCCAGAUUUUACAGGUGAAUUCCUUCUAUCAGUCAAUCAUGAUGUGACAGAAUCCUCAAAGGAAUCCUACUAUCUUCUGCACCCCUUCGUGACGCGGAAUGCAGAGACCGCCCUCGGGCCAAAGCCCAAGACAGAGAAGGCUUCUGAGGGCGUUGGUCGACAACUUCCAGUCAGAAGUGUCGAGGAACUGGACGAGAUCACAAAGGGAUUUAGACUCAGGGAGCUGGGACCAAUGGCCAAUCUCGGCAGUGAAGCCCUGGAGCACCUCACAGCAACUCUGACCUCCCGACCCCUCGGUCGUCAGCUCUGCGCUUCGGUCCCCGGUCAAAGGCACGGGGGAGUGUUGAUCUGCGGUGGGCGUGGCUCAGGGAAGACCACCGUUGCCAAGGCGGUAUGCCAGGAGGCGUCGGAGUGGCCCCUUCUGGCCUUCGUCAAAGUAGUGGAAUGUCACUCUCUGAAAGGAAAAGGAGUCGAUACUAUCAGGAACAUUUGGGAAGAGGCCUUUGAUGAAGCGGCUUGGCGUCAACCUUCCGUCAUCUUAUUGGACGAUCUGGAUCAUGUGACCGCAGCUCCCCUGGGUCCGGAGCAGGAGAUGGGGCCAGAAGCCACGUACAACUCACGUCUUGCUCAAGUCCUCAAGGACCUGGUCACCAAUGAAAUCAACGAGGGUAGUCGCAUCGCUCUCCUAGCCACGUGUUCCUCCAAGAAAUCCAUCCAUCCAUCUCUUCUGUCUUCCAGAGGUCUUCACCUCUUUCAGUCAUGUCUUGAGAUCAGUCCUCUCUCCAAGGCCGAUCGAGCCACCCUCCUGACAUCCGUCAUCCACUCCAAGGUGGAGAUUGACCUUCGAACUCUGACCCGGGUCGAUCCUAACAUCCUGAGCUCCAAAAUGGAUGGGUUUGUUGCCUCGGACCUUGUGACCGUGACAGAGAGGGCAGUGCAUGCUGGGAGCUCAAGAGAAAUAUCCCUCGGCCUCCACGCCUCUCGUAUAAAGGGAGCUGAUGGUGACCACCCCUCCAAUGAGAUUCUGCUGUGCCAGGAGGACUUUGAAACUGCAUUGCAUAGCUACUCUCCUGCAGCUCUGCGGGACGUUCCACUCCACAGUGCGGGGGAGUUGGGCUGGGAAGAUGUUGGAGGGCUGAAGGGUGUUAAGCAGGAUCUGGUGGAGACUUUACAGCUUCCAGCGAAGUAUCCCGAGUUAUUUGCCAGUUGUCCUCUCAGAUUGCGAUCUGGUCUUCUUCUCUAUGGACCUCCAGGCACCGGUAAGACUCUGCUUGGGGGUGUGGUUGCUAAGGAGUGCGGACUUAACUUCAUCAGCAUAAAGGGUCCUGAGCUGUUGAGUAAAUACAUAGGAGCGAGUGAGCAGGCAGUCAGGGAUCUAUUUACCAGAGCAAUGAGUGCCAAACCCUGUGUCCUUUUCUUUGACGAGUUUGAUUCAUUAGCACCACGACGAGGUCAUGACAGCACAGGGGUGACUGACCGAGUGGUCAAUCAACUCUUGACCCAACUAGAUGGAGUAGAAGGGCUAGAAGGUGUGUACGUGAUUGGUGCUACAAGUCGACCUGACCUGAUAGACCCGGCCCUCUUGAGACCUGGUCGAUUGGACAAGUGCCUUUUCUGUCCUAUUCCAACAGCUGAGGAAAGAGUGGAAAUCCUGCAGGCUCUUGCCAGAAAAAUGACCUUACGUUCCAACGUAGACCUAGCCGCCAUAGCCUCAAAGCUUGACCAUUUCACUGGAGCGGACCUGAAAGCCCUGCUCUAUAACGCCCAACUAGAGGCUAUCCACAGCACCCUCAUGCAGUCCGACCGACGCGACUCAAACCUAGGGCUCCCUCUAACAAGCUCACUGCACAACUGCAGCAUGGAAGCUGACGAGUGGAAGCUGACCUUCCUGGAAACGUUCUCGGAGAGCGAUCACGGACCCUACCAGGAGGAAGCCUCCAACAUGAACCAUCGUCUGGCUAGCCUGUCAGAGGCAGAGAGAGCGCUAGCAACGACCAUGAAGCUGACGGGGGACAUCGACGAAAUGGAUGGUGAGGACGACGUCGAGGGGGAUGGGUUCAGGGGAAGGAGAAAGGAUCUAAGGUUGGAUUUGCACAGUGGAUUGACGAAUUCGGAUCUGAACGGCAACAUGGCUGGAACUGGGGCGAUGUCGAAGACAUUGCUCACAGAACUCAUGAGAGAAGAUUCAGAGUCGACAGAGCAAGACGAGACUCCAUCGCCACCGGAGGGUAGUGGCUUUGAUGCCACCAUGAUGGUGGUGCCUCCGACCCCAUCCCUGCCCCCAGACACACCCUUAGCCCCUCCUCAGUCCCAGCAGCAGAGAGUUGUGUAUAUGCCAACCCUGAGAGAUGGGGUAGUAGAUCCUACGCCAGAGACCAGGGAAAUCAUUGGUAACGAGGUUGAUGUCAUAGUUGAGAAUUAUGCAAGGAAGCUGGCAGGUGAAAGUAUGGUUGGGACAUCGGACAACACAAUGACAGAAGAUGAAUCUGUGAUCAGAGUGUCUCAAAACCACCUCUUGAGGGCAGCACAGGGCAUGAAGCCGUCUGUAUCAGUCGCAGAGAGACACAAAUAUAAGCAGAUUUACGAGUCGUUUGUUAAGUCAAGAGGAGGUGAGUUUCCACAAGGCCAGGCUGCAGAAGCUACCCAGAAGGUCACACUUGCCUAAGGAUUCAAGGACAAUCUAGUGUCUGCAGGACUUAACACUGCAGCUGUUGGAUGUCAUGAUGGACAAUCUAACAUCUGCAGGACCUAGACUGGAGCUGUUGGAUGUGGAAUUGUAUCACUUAUAUUUUUGUAUUUAAUAAUAAUAGUAAUUAGGUACUUGUAAUUAAUGGAAUUCAACUCAAUUCGUGGUAUCCAUGGAAUUGACUUUGCCAUACAAAUAUCAAAUAAUCAACUUUAUAUUUGUAAUUUGAAUCAAAGUACACAGACAUGUUGCACAGCAAGGAAAGAAUUACACGGGACUCAGGGCGAUUUCGCCCCCAAAAUGUUUUUUAAUGCCCCCUGGAAAAUCCCCAUUCAUUGCAAUGUUAAAGCUUAUACAUUGUUGCAGAUUCAGUCAGAAUGUGAAACGUUGCCCUUGAAAAUAAGGGAUUAAUUUUUUGCCUGUUGCACAGUUAUGCUGUUUCGAGACUUUAUCCUGUUUUUACUUGAAAGUACACCAUUGCUUCCAGUACUAUUCAAUAACUCAAUGAUGUUACAUGAUAUUGUAAAUAUUUGACCUCAUAUGACCACAACUCUCAUCCUUGAUUGGAAUCUGAAUCGCAUGAGUCUGUCAUAAAAAGUUAAACUUUCAUAGUGUACAAGACUACAAGUUCCCUUGCCAAGUUGCAACAUCAAAUUGAACUUGGAAUGAGUUCCAACUGUACAUAGCAGUAGAAACUAAAUUUUUAAGAUGGAGAAAAGGAGGUUGAAAUUUUCUUCUAUGGUUUGACUGAUUGCUUUGCAGUUCUGUUCUUGCUUCAUUGUCCCUCCCUAGUCCAAGGAAUCGAUACAUCAAAUAGUUAUCAUUUCAAUACGUUUCAUAUCAUUGUUUUGAUUCAUGUUCAACCUUUUUCCCUUUCUUCAAAGUUUUGUUUAUUUUUUGUAUAUAUAUAUAGAACAUGGAUGAAUUUGCAGGCCCUGUUUUCAUAAAUUAAAAAAAAAAUGCUAGAAGUCUGACGAUUCAUGUUCAACCUUUUUCCCUUUCUUCAAAGUUUUGUUUAUUUUUUGUAUAUAUAUAUAGAACAUGGAUGAAUUUGCAGGCCCUGUUUUCAUAAAUUAAAAAAAAAAUGCUAGAAGUCUGACGAAUUUGCCCUUGGCCUAUCAAAUGUCAGGAUUUCAAUACCUUAAUAAUAUAGCUUGGUAACAAGUGAAACAGUGCUCUAAUGAAAAAAAAAUCAAACUCUUCACUGGAUAUGGUUCCAGUUAUAGUUGGUUUUUCAUGAAGUAAAUGUUAAAGAGCAGCCAGCCACCGAAUCUGUACUGUUUUGUGUGUGACAUUUUUUUAAACUUGUUGAAAUUUUGUACUUGUUCUAACAUGCACGUUGUUGCAAUAUUUAGCAACCAUAUUGCGUUGCAUUAUUUGUAGGUAGUUACACAAAUUAUAAUUGCUCUGUGAUUAUUGUAAUUUAUUUUUCAGCAAUUAUGGGAUGAAUAAUUGUUUACUGUAAGCUAUUUGCUAGGGAUUCUUACAUUAUAACUGUUUACUAAACUUUCUGUUGGAUAUUUUCACUGUGUAUUUAAUCAAGGAUACAAAGUAAGGAAGAUAUUUUGUCUGAAUAUUUUAUCAUAAUUUUUCAAAGAUUUUAUCUGGCAAAUGAAUGUGGACCCUGUGUCAAAAUGAUGAUGAUGAUUAUGAUGGUGAUGAUAAUUGUGUUGCUGCUGCUGAUAAUGAUGAUAAUGAUGAUGAUGAUGAGGAGGACGAUAAGGAGGAGGAUGAUGAUGAUGAUGGUGGUGGUAGUGGUGGUAAUGUUGAUGAAUAGAUUGAUGAAUAUAAUAUUGAAUUUGGAAUAAGUGAUGCAGUACUGAAAUUGAUUGAAAUUUAUACAUGUUAAGCAUGUAAUUGCAGGUUGUGUAUUGGGAUAAACAAUAUCAAAACAAGUAUUUCCAAUACUUUGUCAUUGUUUUCACAAAUCCUUGUUUUGUCUUUUUUUCUAAAUAUUGUUUAGUAAUUUAAUACUACACUUAUCAUAUCAUGCUGCAGCAUUGGCGAUUAUUUUCUUUUGAAUAAUUAUACUAAUGUUAGUUGUUGAAGUCAAUAAAGAAAGUAAGGGGCAAUGUUAGUAGGACUGUAAUCAUGCACCUCAAUGUGUUCUAUUAGAGGGGGUAGGUUCUGAAAGUAGAAGUGACCAUUUACAAAGUAUUAUUUAGUAUACAAAUAAUGAAUGGUCAUGAGUGCAAUGGACAGAAUACUUCAUGAGGUGAAAGAUGAAAUGAUCCAUUCAACGAGGCAUAGCGGAGUUGAAUGGAUCAUUCAUUUCAUCUUUCACCAAAUGAAGUAUUCAGUCCAUUGCACGAAUGAAAAGAACAUUCAUAUGACACCUAAAAAUAAAUUCCUUUUCAUAUGAAAUUUGUGAAUUUUGAUACAAAAUGCUCAUGCAGUGCGAGCUCGAUGUGUUGAUUAUCACGUACAUACAACAUGCGAGCUGAAAACACGAGUGGUGUCUGUAGUCUGGGUGAGCGCGUGCAUUGGACAAAAUUGUAUGGAUCCAAAAUUGCAUGAUGAAUGGAUUUAUAAUUGCACGGUUGGUGACGUCAUUGUAAAAUGGGCAGAAUGAUGGAUGUCGACCAACCAAUCAAAUGACAAGGAUCUAUCUAGGUGAAUGGCGAAUGAUGAAUUUCUAUUGUAAAAUGUUGUUUGAACUAUUAAGAGUAUUUCAAUAAAUCCAGUGGAAUAACCUCCCCCCCCCCCCCCUACGGAUAACCUAUACAUGCAUAUCAGUCAAGUGAAAUAGCUUUUAUGCUUCUCCUACUCUAGGAAAUUUCUAACGUGAAAUUUUGUAAUACUGAAUUGAACUAGAUUUUCAUAAAAAGCUCUCGAGGAACCGAAUACUGAGAGAUUGAAGUGAAGCAUUGAAAUUUACUCAUCAAAAUUGUUUCAGCCUCCAAGACAUGAAGCAUUUAAUAACUGUACUUUCGAGGCAGGUAUCGAAAUCAAGAUACAUGUAUUGCUGUGUGAAGACAUGUCUCCCUGUUAGCAUUGCAUGCCACAAAGCCAUGAACAUGACAUUUAUUAAGGUUCUUAAUUGGAUUACCAUGAUUGAUUUUGUUUGGUUUGAUUGAUUUUAUAUUUGUUAUUCUUCGUGUUAUUAUUUCAUGCAAUGAUAGUGCUUGAGUUUAUAUUAUUUAUUUGAUGAAAUUUGAUCCAGUGGCAAUACGUUAUUUGAAGGAUGAACUUGUAAUGCAUGGAAUAAUGGAACAAAAUGAAAUAUAAAAUUUCAAUGAAAAUGAA